AUGGCUGCGGCAAAGGAGAAGGGUGAGGCUGGCGGAGAGACUUCUCAGGCGGGGAAGGAACCGUCGCUAGAGGAUCUGCCGAAUAGCCUGAAUCUCAAGGAAGAGGAUAUUGAGGGUCUGUUUGUUGCAAAGAAGGAUGGGGAGGCUCUGAAGGAGGAGGUGAAGUGGAUGGCAGUGAUGCGGCUCCUGUCCUCAAAACCGUUCAGCGCUGUGUCUUUGAAGAAGACUAUGAAUUUCGCCUGGGCACCGUCCAAGGAGAUUUCUUUCCGCGAAAUAGAGGAGAACAGGUUUUUGGUACAGACAAAUUGUCUAGGCGAUUGGAGGAAGAUCACUGAGCAAGGGCCGUGGAUUUUCCGCGAUCAUGGACUUCAGAUCGAGAAGUAUGAUGGGAGUUGCCGUGCCUCGGCAGUGGAGCUGAAUAGGAUCCAUGCAUGGGUCCGUAUACAUGAUGUGCCUGAACUCUACCGAAGGAGAACCCUGAUGGCGGGUGUGGCGGAGAGCAUCGGUGAAGUAAUUCAGGUGGAUAUGAAUGGCGCUGGUUUAGACGGCGGGAAUCAUGUGAGAGUGAGGGUGUGGUUGGAUGUGAGAAAAUGCCUCACUCGUUUUGUGGCGUUCAAGCCUGAAGGGGGUACUCAGGUGAUCAUGCGUGUUAAGUACGAGAAGCUUCCUCGGUUUUGUGCUGUUUGUGGCUUUUUGGGACAUGAACAGGAGGAGUGUGGCUCGGGAGAGCAUCCAGCGGAGGCUGUGAAAUUCGGUAAAUGGCUGCUGGCUGACACUCCGUGGAACAGGAAUCAGCUGCAGGGUGGGGGCUUUGCUAGUCGAGAUAGGAAGGGGCUGGAGGUGGUGUGGAGGGACCAGGCCGUGGUGCUGGUCGUGGUGGAAGAGGCAGGGGCCGCGGGGGACGUGAAGGAGGACAUAGUCGAGGAGAACCCCCGGAUGCAGGAGAGAACAAGAAGAGGACCUCGGCGGAAGCACGUCUAG